AUCUGGAAUGAUUACAAGCUUCGGUGGAAUCCUGCAGACUAUGGAGGUGCUGAAUUCAUCCGAGUACCAUCUGGCCAGAUCUGGAAGCCAGAUAUUGUUUUAUAUAACAAUGCAGUUGGGGAUUUCCAGGUUGAUGACAAGACAAAGGCCCUAUUAAAAUACACGGGUGAUGUGACCUGGAUACCUCCGGCUAUAUUUAAAAGCUCAUGUAAAAUAGAUGUAACGUACUUCCCCUUUGACUAUCAGAACUGCACCAUGAAGUUUGGUUCCUGGUCUUAUGAUAAAGCCAAAAUUGAUUUAGUUUUAAUCGGCUCUACAAUGAACCUGAAAGAUUACUGGGAGAGUGGAGAAUGGGCCAUUAUUAAAGCUCCUGGGUAUAAGCAUGACAUCAAAUACAACUGCUGUGAAGAGAUAUAUCCAGACAUCACAUAUUCUCUUUACAUUAGGCGUUUACCUUUAUUUUACACUAUCAAUAUGAUUAUUCCAUGCCUGCUGAUUUCUUUUCUGACUGUAUUAGUUUUCUAUUUGCCUUCAGACUGUGGUGAGAAGGUAACACUUUGCAUAUCAGUCCUCCUCUCUUUAACAGUGUUCCUUCUGGUUAUCACAGAAACCAUACCUUCUACUUCCCUGGUAAUCCCACUUAUUGGGGAAUACCUCCUUUUCACUAUGAUUUUUGUAACUCUGUCUAUCGUCAUUACGGUAUUCGUACUUAACGUGCACUACAGAACACCCAAGACACACACAAUGCCUGUGUGGGUGAGAACCAUUUUCCUGAACUUACUUCCCAGGAUCAUGUUUAUGACAAGGCCUGCCAGUGAUGAAGAGAAUAAUCAGAAGCCAAAACCCUUUUUCACUUCUGAGUUUUCAAACUUGAAUUGCUUCAACAGUUCUGAAACCAAAUGCUGCAGGGAUGGCUUUGUAUGUCAAGAUGUGGCAUGCAGCUGCUGUCAGCAUCAACGAAUGAAGUUCUCGGAUUUCAGUGGCAAUCUCACAAGAAGUUCAAGCUCUGAGUCUGUAGAUCCUCUGUUUUCAUUUUCAGCUCUGUCACCAGAAAUCAGAGACGCUAUUGAAAGUGUUAAAUACAUUGCAGAAAAUAUGAAAAUGCAGAAUGAAGCAAAAGAGAUUCAGGAUGACUGGAAAUACGUUGCCAUGGUAAUCGAUCGUAUUUUUCUAUGGGUUUUCAUCCUGGUAUGUAUUCUAGGAACAGCAGGAUUGUUUUUACAACCUUUGAUGGCUGGAGAUGAAAUGUAA